AAGGACUCGAGUCUCAACCUUUGUAUCAUUCUCUAAUUGUAUUUCCAACGUUCAAAAUUCACUCACUUUGUACCAAAAGUUGAACCCCUCACUCGUGCCUCCUUUUCUAUCAUCUCUUUCGUGACUUUAUUUGAAAGCUUCAGGUAUUCUCUCUUUCUGGGCUGUGUGCAACUGUUUUUCAACUCUAAACUUGCCACAUUUUGCUGCUGAAAUGUGUGAACUUUGGGGGAGAGAGCUGAAUUCUCAGACACCUUUCAAGCAUUUUGGAGGUAAGAGGUGUAAAGGUUGUUGCUUUCAUGAGUUUGCUUCUGUUUUUGCUGUGAUUCUGCUUCUGGGGUUUUGUUUUUGUGCGGUCUGUGAUGAGUUAGCUAUGGUUUCAGUUCCUCUGGGUUUCGAGAUUUCUAUGAUUGAUAGAAGUAAAACUUGGGUGUCUCAAAAUGGAGUCUUUGCAUUUGGUUUCUUGGAUUUUAGUUCAAAAGAUGGUUAUGUUGAUGGAUAUGGUGUGGGGGUUAGGUAUAACUUGGGAGAUAAAUUUGCAAAUUUGCCUAUUUGGACUGUUGGUGGUGGGCUUAGAGUGCCUGAGAACUCCACAAUUAGGCUGAAUAUGGAUGGUAGGUUGGUUCUGGUUGAAAACCCUAGCGGUUUGAUUGUUUGGAGUAGUAAUACAUCUAGUUUAGGUGUUCAAAAAGCUACUCUUUUGAACAGUGGGAAUCUGGUACUAAUUGGUAGUGGAGGUAAUGUGGUUUGGGAGAGCUUUAAUAGUCCUACAAGCACUCUCCUUCCUGGUCAGUCUUUCCAUUUCCCUCAAACCCUUCGAGCUCCUUCAACAAAAUCCAUAACUAGUUAUUAUAAUUUUGUGAUACGCCGCUCUGGUGAGCUCGCCCUUGUGUGGGAAAGCAAUGUGACAUACUGGAGGGCUCAUUUGACAUCCUAUGGUGGGUUUAUCAAGGAAGCAAGAUUUGAUUCUACUGGUGUUUUGGGACUACUUGAUGAUAGUAGUAAAAUUGUUUGGUCCAUAUCGAGUAAGGAUAUUGGAGAUCCUUCUGUGGUUUUGAGGCAUCUUAGGAUUGAUUCAGAUGGGAAUUUGAGGAUUUACUCAUGGGACAAUGCUGCUCUUAAAUGGAAGAUAGGGUGGCAAGCAGUCGAGAAUCAGUGUGAUGUGUUUGGUUCCUGUGGUUUGUAUAGCCUGUGUGGAUACAAUUCUAGGGGACCAAUUUGUGAUUGUCUGUAUGAGAAUCCUUUCAGUUGGGAAAAGGAUUUUCCUGAUGUGGAUAUGCCUAGUUCUGGGUGCCGAAAAAUGGUGGACUUGGGGAACUGCAAGACAAAUACCAGCAUGAUGGUUCUGAGGCAUACUGUUCUUUAUGGUCUUUAUCCUCCUCUAGAUGUUGAUAUGAUGCUCAGUGAGCAAGCUUGUAAAGAGUACUGCUCCAAUGACUCCACUUGCAUUGCAGUAACUUUGAGGAAUGAUGGUUCGGGAGUUUGCACAGUGAAACGAACCAGCUUUAUUAGUGGAUAUAGGAACCCCUCUACCCCUGCAACUUCAUUCUUGAAGGUGUGUUUUGUCCCUGAGGCAGUUUCUGCUCAAGGAGUUCAUCCGCAUCAUACAGCCAAGGCGAUUCCUCUUUCACCCAUAGAAUUCACCGAACAUGGGGUUGACAGUAAAAGUUUUCUAGGAGCUAUUGCAUUGAUAGUCUUUGUGACAGGUUCGGUUUUUGUUAGCAUUGAGAUUCUUGUGGUUUUGUUCAUUUAUCGGAGAAGGCAAAUUAAGGCUCAAACAAGAAUCCCUUUUGGAAAGGAUGCUCAGAUGAACCCACAUUACAGUGUUCUUAUCAGAUUGUCCUAUGAAGAGGUAGUCGAGCUGACUGCCAACUUCGGGAAUCAACUUGGCCCCUCUAUUUACGAAGGUAUACUACCCAACAAAAUGCCAGUCAUCGCUAAGGUGCUCAAUUAUGUAGCAACUGAAAAGGAUUUCAAAAUGGCAGUUUCUACCUUGGGUGCAAUGCACCACCGGAAUCUUGUGUCUGUCAAAGGCUUCUGCUUCGAGCUUAAGCACACAUUUAUACUAUAUGAGUAUGUUCCAAAUGGCUCUCUUGAUAAUUGGUUAUUCAAAAUGGAGCAGGUUCAGAAAGAGCAGAAUUGGCGGCAGAGGCUUGACAUAGCUUUUGGAGUUGCACGAGCCCUUGCCUAUCUGCACUUAGAGUGUCAGCAAUGUAUUGCACAUGGCAACCUGAAGCUUGAAAAUGUCUUGCUAGAUGAAAGUUUAGUUCCUAAAUUGACAGAUUUCGGGCUUAAAAGCUUACUUGGAAAAGAGGCAGCUUCAUCUUCAGAGUCUCUAUCCGAGAGAGAUAUCUACAUGUUUGGAGAAUUGCUCCUACAAAUAGUGACAGGCAAGAGAGACAUCAAGGACAUCAAUGUGCAGGAUUUAACUAACAAUAUGAAUAAAGAACUGAAACUAGAGGAGUCAGAAGGAGUAGAAAGAGCUGUGAGAAUUGCCUUAUGGUGUAUGCAAAACCAACCAUUUUUACGACCUUCCAUUGGCGAAGUGGUUAAGGUAUUAGAAGGUACAUUUUCAGUAGACAGGCCCCCGUCAACAUUUACUUUUACACAAGAUCAGGUUGAAGAGUCUCAAUCUUAAUGGAGAUUUGGAAUUAGAUUGUUAGAUUAAAGUGACUUUGAUCUUCUAAUGGCAACAAUGAUUUGCUAACCAUGUAAUUUUCUUUACACCUUGAGUUUGCCUUGUAGGAGUCUAGAAAUCUUCCAAGGUUCAAUGUUUUUGCAGGAUUGAGCCCUGGAAUGGAAUGCAAGAAACUUUGACAUUGUAGGAACUCUUAAAAUCUGAAUCCAAAGCUUGUUUUUCAUAUCAA